CUUUUCUAGAGCUACAUCAUCACGCUGAUUGAAAAUGCGCUCUUCUACUAUUCUCGCUCUUCCAGUGGCAGUCAUCUCUGCUUCCGUAAUGCCUACUGUGUCCAUAGAUCCAAGCCUGAUUCCAGCAUUUGGCGUAACAGCUGGCCAAGACCCUAACAGAAGUGGUAGCUGUGCUGGCGCUAAUAAUAUCUUGAUCCCACAGCUGCCUUGGCCGAAACAAAGUUGCACGAGACUAGGAAAGUAUAGCUGAGUGUCCUGUUCCCUAAACAGGCCCCUUCGUUCAUGCUCAGGGGUUGUGCAGGUCCAAUUUUGGACCUUCCAAUAUGUGCUCAGGCUUAGAUCAGGGGUCUCCCAACCAAGCUGUAAUGAUUGACAUACUGA